UAUCUUCCUCUUUCCUUUUAAAGGGUUUUAGAGAACAGUCAGCAGAAGAGGUCCAUAAGUAACCAGAAGCCGAGGCUAAGCCUCUGUCUUCUGGUUUUAUUGUGAUUUCCUGCCCCGCAACAAACUCAGAAUUAGAGAUGGUAUGAAAAUAACUCAGCACUCCAUGGAACAAAUUAAAUAUACACAACAAAAUAAAAAAUUGACAGUGUAAGAAAGCUCCAACAGACUAUGGACGCAACAUCAACUGAGCUCCCGAACUCUUCUCCAUACAAGGAAGUCUUCUGGAGUUACCAAACUGAGCUAACCAGAAACUUCUCUUCAGAAACCCUAAAUGCUACUGUCUGUUCCAUGGAAGAAGGCUCAUUGUCUCUUGUUUUCAUCAUUUUUUACUCCAUUAUUUUUGUCAUUGGAUUGGUUGGCAAUAUUAUAGCCUUGUUUGCUUUUUUGUGCAUUAAUCACAAAAGAAAUUCUAUCCAGAUUUACCUGCUUAAUGUAGCCAUUGCAGACCUUCUACUGAUCUUCUGCCUCCCCUUCCGUAUACUAUAUCAUAUUAACAAAGACACAUGGAUGUUGGGAAUGAUUUUCUGCAAGAUUGUUGGAACGCUAUUUUAUAUGAACAUGUACAUUAGCAUCAUACUGCUCGGAUUAAUUAGCAUGGAUCGUUAUGUAAAAAUUAACAAGUCUAUACGACGUCCAAAAAUGUUAACAGCUACACGAAGCAGAUAUAUCUGUUGCAUAUUGUGGACAAUUGCAGUAAUAGGACUCAUAAUUAUAGUUGCUCAGUCUGCUAAGAGGGAAGAAUACAAUUCGACCAUGUGCUUCCAUUACAGAGAUAAACAGAAUGCAAAAAUGGAAGCAAUUUUAAACUAUAUUCUUGUUAUAGUCUUUUGGAUAGUUUUCUUUCUACUAAUACUUUCAUAUGUUAAAAUUGCGAAGAACCUUCUGAAAAUUUCCAAGAAAAGAGCAGAUUUUCCCAAUGCCGGAAAGUACAGCACCACUGCAAGGAAUUCCUUCAUUGUACUUAUUAUUUUCACCCUGUGUUUUGUUCCAUAUCACAUAUUCCGAUUUGUCUACAUUACAUCACAAUUACAACACACAUCUUGUUACUGGAAGGAGAUAAUUCACAAAUGCAAUGAGAUUAUGCUUGUAUUUUCAGCUUUCAACAGCUGUUUAGAUCCAGUUAUGUAUUUCCUAAUGUCCAGCAGUGUUCGUAAGACUGUAUGCCGACUUAUUUGUAGAAGACUUCAUGGGGACUCAAGUCUGAGUGACAGUAUUUCAGAAAUGAAACCUGGGCAAUCUCGUCAUGAUACUGCGAUUACCAUUAUCCCCCAUUCAAGCUUUUUAAAGAAAAAUUCCCUCAUCUGAUUGCUUAAAUAUAAUGGACAACCACUUCCCAAAAAGACAAGCAGAUAAUCUACUAGAUAAUCGACACUGGAUGUACAUGGGUACAGGAAUGUACAACAAUACAGAGCUGGUAAUACUGCUUGAGAAAAGCCUUUCCCCCCCUCCUUUCCUUCCUUUUUUACAAGUAUGGGAGGUCAUACUUCAACUGCUUAAACAAAUUAAAAAUGAUUUUUGGUGAGAAAGAGCUUAACUUUAUUAUUACAAAUCAAUAUGAAGUUUGAAACCUUCAUUUAAAGAUUCAUUUAGGACAGGAUUAAUCUACAGCACUUUCUUUCAGAAACAAAUUUUUAAAAUGGGACCUUGAUGUGUGCGCAAGAAGCUUUACACACCCAAAUACUUGGUAUACAUUUAUUAGCACUACUAGCUAUACACAUAUGAUAGGAUGAAUUUUGCACAAGUAAAUCUUUACCUGUAUCUAAUUCAAACCAACUAUGAAACAGAUGUAUUACAGAUUUUAUAAAUCCGUCUUUGAAAAAAAUAUAUUUUAGCAGGCUUCAAAAAUAAAUCAGCAUCUUAACUGCACUUAUUAAACUAACCCUUUCAGCAAAAUGUAUCCUACUCUAUUAUGAAUGUGGCUUACAAAGAAGGUGAAAAACAAGACAAUUAUUAGUUCAUUUAUUGGAAAAGUGUGCUUUAUAUUUUGUUUAUUAAGCAAAAUUAGAAUAUUCAACUACUGAUUUUGAAAUCCUCUAACAAGCCUUCUAGAACCUUCAUGAUGUUAAACACGAAUCUUAACUCAGGGGGGAAAAAAGUGAAAAUACAGGAAAGUAUGCAAUUCACAUUUUGAGGUGUUGGAAGGAGGGGGAUUAUCCAAGAUUUGUUUCAAAAUUCUAUUGACAAAUCUAAUAAUUUCAAAACAUACAUGCAUGCCAAAAUCUCAACAAGGAUAAGAAAUUCAGAAUGAAAGACAGUUAUAUAAACUGUAAACACAAAAUUAAACUAUUGUGGAUGUACAAGGAUUUGAAAUGAGCAGUGUUUUGUCAGUUCUGGUCUCUGUUCAACCCCAAUCACCUAGGUUUUGAGGUUAAUAUCUACUUGUAUAUUUCCAAAACCAUUUAUUUCAAAUAUAAUACCUCUAUGGCAGAGACCAUGUCUUUUCACAUGACUGAAGUAUCACACUCACCAACGAUAUUAUGCAAACAACAAUCAAAUAUUAAAUGUGGACUGCAUACUGAAUAGCCCAAUUCAAGAUUAAAACCAAGCAGAUUUAUGCAGUUAAUGUGUGCAGGCUGAGUAAAAUUUUUAACAAAGUUAAACUAGCCUUGAUGACUAGGGUGAGUGAGGGAGGGAGCUGGACAAAGAAUGGAACUUGAAUCUCUAAUGUGAUAGGCCACAAUACUGGACAGGCCUGAAUUUUGUUUUAAACUCUAAAAUAAAGGGUCAAAUCCUGUAAAAUUUGAGUAACUUUAUUCAAGUGCGUAGUUGUACUGAAGUUGAUGAAAACACUCAUGUGACUGCUCACUACAUCUUUGCAAGACUGGGUCCUAAGGCAUCUGUCAUAAAUAUAAAGGGAAGGCUAACCACCUUUAAAUCCCUCCUGGCCAGAGGAAAAAACCCUUUCACCUGUAAAGGGUUAAGAAGCUAAAGAUAACCUCGCUGGCACCUGACCAAAAUGAUCAAUGAGGAGACAAGAUAAUUUCAAAACUGGAGGGGGGGGGUAAACAAAGGGUUCUCUCUGUCUGUGUGUUUUCUUUUGCCGGGACCAGAGCAGGAAUGCAGGUCAGAACUCCUGUAAAGGGUUAAUAAGCAAUCUAGUUAGAUAUGCGUUAGAUUCUGUUCUGUUUAAAUGGCUGAUAAAAUAAGUUGUGCUGAAUGGAAUGUAUAUUCCAUUUUUGUUUUUUUUUGUAACUUAAGGUUUUGCCUAGAGGGAUGCUCUAUGUUUUGAAUCUGAUUACCCUAUAAGGUAUUUACCAUCCUGAUUUUACAGAGGUGAUUCUUUUACUUUUUCUUCAUUUAAAAUUCUUCUGUUAAGAACCUGAUUGCUUUUUCAUUGUUCUUAAGAUCCAAGGGUUUGGGUCUGUGUUCACCUAUGCAAAUUGGUGAGGAUUUUUAUCAAGCCUUCCUCAGGAAAGGGGGUGUAGGGCUUGGGGGGAUUUUUUGAGGAAAGACAUUUCCAAGCGGGCUCUUUCCCGGUUAUAUUUUGUUACACGCUUGGUGGUGGCAGCAAUAAAGUCCGGGGACAAAAGGAAAAAUAGUUUGUACCUUGGGGAAGUUUUAACCUAAGAUGGUAAAAAUAAGCUUAGAGAGUUUUUCAUGCAGGUCCCUUCAUCUGUACCCUAGAGUUCAGAGUGGGGAAGGAACCUUGACAGCAUCAUGUUGCAUGUCUAAACUUGCAUGUUUUCAAUACUGGGGAAAAUCCUGGUUCCACUCAAUGGCAAAACUCCUAUUGACCUCAGUGGAACCAAGAUUUCACACACUGUUUCUUUUACAUUUUGGACAUCACUUUAGUGUAUUUCUUCUGUGAAUCUAUUAUUGUUCACGUUUGCUGCAGCUGGAUAUAAAUGUAUUCACUAAACCACGAUUACUGGUAACCGUAUAUUAUUACAUUUCAAAGCUGUGGGUAUCUUUUGUAUCUUCUUUAGAAAUAAUGUGAUUCUUAUAAUUUUAUGUUUUACUUACAGUCUCAACAUUUGCAUUUUUCUUGAAUGUUUUAACAUAUACAAAUAAUAUUUAAGAUUGAUUUUAGUGUAGUUCCUGAAGGAUUCUUAUAGCAAUUUCUAAUCUGCUUUUCAGAAUGUAUAGAAAUAAUGUCAAUAAAUAAUAAUAAUAAAUAAUGGUAGACAAUCAUAGCUCACAGUUAUGUCUUCGUCUAUAAACCAGCAGGUCACAUGGUCUCCUUGCUCUGUUUCCACACUCUAGCCUAUGAGCCCACAAGAAACUGCAUCCUUCUCUCUAGAACGCUCAAAAAUUAAAACUACUUAUACAUUUCUAUUUCUUUUCUGACCAGAAGUAGCCAACAGAAACUACAAAUGAAAUGAAAAGCAAAAAUAAAAUGUUCAGUUAAGUACAGAUUGAAAGUAGGUUGUAUUUCCCUACUCACCAGGCAUGGAGGGAACUGAACAAAGAAACAAUUUUUUUUAUUUUUUUUUAGAAUAUAUUAAUUUAAAUCCAGAAACCUCAUUCAAAGGUUACCAUCAAUAGAAUUAAUGUUACCAUAAUGGUACAUUCUGGGAUAUCUUCAAUGAACUAAAUAAUAGCAUGAGAAUUCACAAAUUUUCAAUUUGUUCUGAAUGUCACCUUUGGGGAAAGCCAAAAUCAAGUGGAAAAGUGCUCUUGAUUAUAGAAAAACUGCUUUACAUUUGUUUUUGUAAAGCCAUCAUCAUUAAUUUUGUUAUUGUAAUACUGUUUUGUAAAAAAGCAAGUAAUCACUCUGCAAUCAGGACAACAAAAAUAUUAUUCAGUUUUGAAACUAUAAGAGCCUAUCAGAUGUAAUGGUGAGCUUUUUUGUUUUAUUAAUUUGUGUGUGAUUUACUUGUGAAAGAUGCUGUUCUGGAGACUGACAUUGAGUAUAUAUAGGACAGGUACAGAACAGGCAGCAGAAAUUAAACUUUUCCAUAUUGUCCUACCAAAUUAUGCUAACCUGGAGUUAUCAACUUUGUGAGGUGGAGGUAAUUCAACCUUAACACAACCACUAUGUUAAGAUUGCCAAAAGUUUCAAUAAGUGCUAUUUUAUUUGUGACUUUUGUGAUGUACAAAUUUGUAUACUGGAAUCUGAUCGAAGACCAUGAAUGUAUUUCAAUCAGGCCAUUAAAUAUAGAGCUGUGUGAAAGCUGAUUUUUGGUUCGCUGGAAGUUCCGAAAAUUUUGAAAAAAGAAGUUGUUUUAGAUUCAUCCAAAAUCAAUUAAAAUUUUUUUUUCCAGUGAACCAAAAGUCUAAAAAUAAUUUUUUGGGGGGUUGAAUGCAAUGUUUUGUUCAAUCCCAAACUGUUUUGUUUCUGAGCUUUUAAAAAUGUUUUUGUAUUUUAAUUUUUAAAACAAAUUUCAAAAAGUCAUUUUGAAUAAAAAAUCAAAAUGUUUAGUUUAAAGAAAAUACCAAAAUGAUUUUUUCCCACUUUUGUUCUGACUUAAACAAUUUGGCAAAGUAGACAACUUUGAAAUGUUUCCCUAAACCCAAAUCUGCAUUUUCGAUCAAAAAAAGUUGUGGCCAAAAAACAUCACCCUGUUCUAAUUAAAAAGACUUCUGAUAGUAAUGAUGUUGCCCAAUGUUGACCUUGGUUAGAUUUUAACCAGUGAUCUUGUUUAAAUUUUUUCUAUUACGGUGUACUAAUAAAUCUUGGAAACUUUAAAGUAAAGGUAAACAUACAAAUCUGUACUUAUUUCUUGAUGAAUAUUAUGUGUUUGUUGGUAUUGCUUUUAAAUAAAAUUCCAAUUGUUUUGUUUCUUCA